AUGGGAAAUUACAUUUCGUGCACUUUGGCCACCCCUUUAAUCAAGAGCGGGAAAGCUGCAAGGGUGAUCCUUCCUGGAGGUGAAAUCAGGCAAUUCCGGGAGUCUAUGAAGGCUGCAGAGCUUAUGUUGGAGUGUCCAAACUUUUUCUUGACGAAUUCCCAAUCUCUUCACAUAGGGAGGAGAUUUUCAGCUCUGAGUGCUGAUGAGGAAUUAGAGUUCGGCAACGUGUACAUCAUGUUCCCAAUGAAGAGAGUCAACUCUAUGGUAACUGCAGCUGAUAUGGCUAUGCUUUUCAUGGCAGCAAACUCUGCAGCCAAAAGAAUAUCUGGAGGAAAAGUGAGGAUAUUGCCGGAGUCUGGCAACGUUGACGGGCAAGAAAGUUCAACAGAAUGCGAAGAUGGAGGCUCGAGGUUGAGUUUGGAAGGGGUUGAUGAGGGGUUCCCGGUUGCAGAAUUUAAGCACAGGUUAUCUGUCUGUAGGUCAAGAAAACCUUCCUUGGAGACUAUCAAAGAAGAGCCAGUUCGCUCAAGGUGA